GAGCUCCCAACCCAAACAAAAAUUUGAACUUGAAAAUUAUAAAACCUCCAUUUGUCCCAGUGUUUAAAAGAAGAUGCUGCUUUUUGUGACCAACCAUCCAUGUUGAUAUACUAUUUCAAUUAAAUGGUAGGCUACAGACCAGAAGAGUAUGAACUAUCAUCAAGAGAGUAUGCAGCUGUUGGUGCUUUCUCUGGAUUGGUAGCCAGGGUUGUCUGCCAACCAUUUGAUGUUCUGAAAAUAAGAUUCCAGCUUCAAGUUGAACCUGUACGCAAACCAACAAAUACAACAUUUUCUAAGUAUUGGGGAAUCCGACAAGCAUUCCAGUCUAUUAUUAAAGAAGAAGGAGUAACUGCUUUGUGGAAGGGGCAUGUUCCAGCACAGAUAUUGUCUGUUACAUAUGGUCUAGCUCAGUUUGCAUCAUUUGAGUUGCUGACCUCUGUAGCCUGGAGAUUGUGUCCACAUGAGUUGACCACGAAGCAUCGUCCAAUAGUCCACACUGUUUGUGGAGGUCUAGCAGGAUGUAUAGGUAUUACUGUAGCACAACCAAUGGAUGUACUAAGGACUAGAUUCGUUGCUCAGGGGAAUGACAAGAUAUAUUCCUCAUUAUAUUCAGGAAUUCAAACCAUGAUCAAAGAAGAGGGUUUCCUAGCUUUUUACAAAGGACUUGGUGCUGCUGUUGCACAAAUUGGACCACAGAUGGGUCUACAGUUUGGAUUCUUUGCUUUAUUCACAAGAAUGUGGAGACAAUGGUUUGAAAAUCCCAAUCGUAAGAGGGCAGGUGUAUCAGAAGUCUUAGUAUGUGGAUCCAGUGCAGGAGCGAUUGCAAAAACAUUAAUCUACCCUCUGGACGUCAUUAAGAAGAGGUUAGAAAUACAGGGUUUUGAGAAAGCCCGGAAAGGUUUUGGUGCAGUUAGACAUUAUAAUGGACUUUGGCACUGUAUGAUUACAAUAAUGAAGGAAGAGGGAAGUGUCAAAGGUCUAUAUAAAGGACUUUCUCCAGGGUUGAUAAAAGGUGGAUUGGCAGCUGGUGCUAACUUUUUAGUUUAUGACCACGUUUGUUACUUGUUAAGAAAAUAUCAUUCUUCUUGACAAAAUAGUUAGGUAGGUUAUGAUUUUAGACAGUGUUCUUUUCUGUAUUUGUUAGGUAGGUUAUGAUUUUAGACAGUGUUCUUUUCUGUAUUUGUUAGGUAGGUUAUGAUUUUAGACAGUGUUCUUUUCUGUAUUUGUUAGGUAGGUUAUGAUUUUAGACAGUGUUCUUUUCUGUAUUUGUUAGGUAGGUUAUGAUUUUAGACAGUGUUCUUUUCUGUAUUUAGGCAAUCUCAUUUUAUUGUAAAUCUCAAUUUCAUAGAAAAGCACCAGAUAUUUUGUUUUAUAUUGUCAUUGGUUUUUUUGUUUGUUAUUAAACUAAUGAAAUAAUUAGA